GUUUUAUUGACUGGUUUGGGGAUAACUGGACGUGGUAUACAUAUUAGCAUACCACAAUAUCUAUACUGUUUCAAGUGUUGAUGAGCCAUCUCUGUUGCUGUCUCCGUGGCAUUAUCGACUAGAAUUAAUUUCACAAUUUAAGGUGAAAAUGGGGACGGGAUCUUCUAAAUCAUCCGGGUUCAGCAAGACAAAAGACUACAAUAUCCAUGUCAAGACUGGCGACCGCAAAGGCGCUGGCACCGAUGCCAACGUCUACAUCGCCCUCCACAACGACCAGGGGAAGCGUUCACGCGACAUCCAGCUCGAUUGCAAGUUCAAGGACGACUUCGAGCGUGGCAAGGUCGACACGUACCCGGUCUCCAACCUUCCGAAUUUCGGGCGGAUCUCGAUGAUUGAACUAUGGCGGGAUGAUGCUGGCCUGAAUGAUGACUGGUACGUUGAUUCUGUGACCGUAGACCAUGUUCGGUCGAAGGAGAGGUAUAUCUUUCCUCUACAUCGAUGGGUAAGGGAUGUCAUGAAGUUGUUCAUCAAUGAAAACGACAUCAGUCUUCCACAGGACGAUCUCAAACAGGAGCAGAGGCAGUUUGAGCUGCUCAAGAAAAGGAGCCUGUAUGAGUUUGAAUGUAAAUCAGACGGCUUGAUACCGCAGAUCAAAACGUUUCCGAUGGACGAAUCAUUCUCAAAUGAUUACCAGUGGGACAUCGUAACACUUAAAGCUAAACUGAUGCUUCAAACAGCAACCAUCAAAAUGACCAGCAAAUCCUGGGAAAAGCUGGAUGACAUUGGGGAGCUGUACACCGGGAUUCUGCCAAUACCUUAUGGCAUGAACAAUUGGCAAUCGGAUAAAGAGUUCGGUUACCAGCGGCUGACCGGAUGUAAUGCGACAAAUAUCCGACUAUGCACUGAAAUUCCCGCAAAAUUUCCGGUGACAGACGCAAUGUUAGAACCCCUAUUAGAAGGCAUGACUAUAGCUGAUGCAUUAUCAAAGAAACGACUGUUUAUCUUAGACUACGAGAUUCUCCACGAUCUUCCUUGCACCAAAGGCAGAAAGAUCUGCGCGCCCAUGUGCUUAUUUGUCGUCAACAAGAAUAGGAACCUGAUGCCCCUUGCAAUUCAACUCUUUCAAGAUCCUUCAGAAAAUAACCGGUGAAUCUUUUUACCGACCGAUCCUGAAUAUGUCUGGCUGAUGGCCAAGAUGUGGUUCAAUAACGCGGAUGCAUCUUUCCACCAGUCUUCCACCCAUCUAGGAUACACCCAUCUCAUCAUUGAAUCGGUUGCCGUAGCAACGCAUCGUUGUCUCUCCCAGUCUCAUCCGAUAUUCCGUCUCCUCGCUCCGCAUUUUAUCUUCCUUAUAGCGAUCAACACGCGAGCUCUUGCCAAAUUAGUUUCCGAAGGAGGAUGGGUUGAUCAAUGCAUGGCCAUCGGUCGGAUCGGUAUGUUUGAAAUCAUCCGCCGAUCCUGGGAUCGCUGGUCCCUGGAGAAGCAAGGAUCCCUCGAGAAAGACCUUGCCGACAGGGGAGUCGACGACCCGGAAGUACUUCCCAACUAUCACUACCGGGACGAUGCUCGGCUCGUGCGGAGGGCAAUAUACGAUUACGUGAAAACUAUAGUCGAUCACCACUAUGAUACGGAUGAGCGAGUGACGUCAGACUUUGAGAUUCGGCAUUGGGGCAAGACACUAAGUACGGAAUGCGGUAUGAAGGGCGUUCCGAACGGCGGUGAGUUCUCGACGGCAGACGAGGUUACGGAGAUCAUUACGAACUUCAUCUUCAUCGGCAGCGUCGGGCAUGCGGCAUCCAAUUUCUCGCAGUACGACGAGUAUGGUUUCCCGCCAAAUUACCCCUCAUUCCUUUUCGGCGAACCCCCUAGAGAUAAGACUGAGCGGACAGAGGAGGAUAUCCUGGCCCAGAUGCCCUCUAAGGAUAUGACCUUGAGCAUCAUGUUGGUCACCAAGCUACUCAGUGAUCGGGGCACCAAUGGACUAGGGGACUUCGAAGUGCAGUACCUGCAUGAUCCUGUGAGCCUAAACGCAUUGAAACAGUUCAAAGCAGAUUGCCUGAAAGUUGGCGCCAUCAUUGAUGAAAUGAACAAGACAAGGGAGCAGAAAUACACAUACCUUAACCCAAAGGAGAUUCCUAAUGCGAUCAGUAUUUAGAACUUAAAGUAUGGGAGAUCUGCACUUUUCCACAGAUAGUUCGGAUAACGCUUUGAAUUUAUAAUAUGUUAUGAAAAUAUCGAGUUUGUUAUUAUUAUAUUUAUAUAUAUUAUGUAAAUAACAUUGUCACAUGAAGAUAUAUUGUUUGUAUAUUUUUAAUUAUACCUUAUGUUUAUUUAUUCUCUCUUAUUCAUUUAUUGUAUUUGUAAACAUGCAGAAAUCACAUCACAUCAAAUCAAAAUUGUGAUGCAUUCAGGGAAUAUAUCCUACCAGGACUGGUACCAACUUACAACACCUAGUUUAAAUGUAGAUUAACGUCUUGCAACAUAAGUGCUACGCACAGCAAGGAUUUGAACCCUACACCUCAUGGUUUACUGUCCAGUGAAUUGUCCGCUGGACCACAAACACCUCUACAAUAAACCAUGGUUAAUUCCAUUGAUUUAGAAUGUAUGUUACUCAUGAUUGAUUUUGAUAAAUAGAGCUGUAUUUGUGUUUGGAUAAUUAAAUAAACAAAGAAGGAACUAUAUCGCUUUGUUGAUUGUUUAGACACA